AUGGGCCUGUGCAUCCGAGCUAACGAGUCGUCGUUGUCCCUGUUCCAGCUGCCAUCACAGUGUGGCUAUGAAGUCCAGACCUCGUGGCGAGACCUCAGUCUGAUGGCUCAGUACGACGCCUGCCAUAUCAGUCACGAGAGGAGGCGGUCCGGGGCGCACCGUGUGGCCCGAGGCCACCACGGGCCCGGCCAGGAGAGCGUCGUCCACGGCGACCGGGCCGACGCCGGGGUCGCCCCCCCCGACCGUUGUGCUGGUGGGGCCAACGCUGGGGGCGACCACCCCGACCGUUCCACUGCUCAGGCCGACGCCGGGGACGACCCCCCUCCGAGCGAUGACUGGUAUGUGCUGCCUCUGCUGUGGAGGGGGACUCGGGUCAAGGUGACCUGUCCCGUCUCUCAGAUGGAGCCGCUGGAGGGCGUGAAAUCCUCCCUCUGCUGCUCCCCGUUCGGCAUGACUGUCAGAGUACAGGGGGAGUCCGUCACAGAGGAGCCCAGGAUAAAUGUGGGAGGAGAGUGGACCCCUCUGGUGACGCUGGCUGAGCAGUGUGACUACACUGUGGACAAACACGAUGAGCAGAUUGUAAUCGCUGUCCCGUAUAUUACUUGUGGCAUCUCAGUAAAGGAUGGAAAAUACAUCCUUUCUCUUGAAAUAGGAAGGAGGAUCUACACGUUGGCCUGCCCCAUCUCCGCCGCUGAAGAAGUCCCUAUUGUCUAUCCCCCACUGGCUGACGGUCCCCCUGAUGUGGCCGGGACGUCAACACAACCCGAGACUGGAUCCCUGACGCCUUUACCCUGGAUUCCCCCGUUCUACCUGGCCCCACCCUACUACCCCCACCCUACGUUUGAGCACAGCUCCGCUCAUCCUGUCGAGUGGGACUUGUACAACCCUCCCACACAACCAGCUUCAGAUCCUGAGGAAACAUUGAGUCUACAAGAUCUUCCUUCUGUUGGUCCCCAGCCAACUCAGGACCUUAAACAUGAAUAUUUAAAAGGCCGCAUAACUCUUUCAUUGACGGAUCCAGCGGGGGACUUGAGUCGGGUUUAUCCAGAUAAAAGACAACAUCAAGAUGUUCCUGCCUCCAUCUUUGAGAAGCACAAGGCCACGACGAAGGGCUUCCCAGUUCAGGUGGAAAGUCCUCACUCUCAGCCUACAAGCCAUGAUUUUAGUCCGUUUUACCAUUACUACCACCACCCUAAGAUCCCCCUGCCGGGCCCUGCUAAAGACCUCGAUCCAGGGAUUUCUGAGUUACUGUGGUCAACCUAUAACCACAAUGAAUUUCCAUCAAUACCUUCAGAUGUCCAGCAGUUUAGAGGUCAUAAAGCUGAUUCAGAGCAGACUUCUCCUCCUAAAACCACUGCCUAUCCUUACACCUUCCUAACCAAUCCUAAACUUCAUCACACAGUCUCAGCUCUGAACUCCCCGCCCCCCUCAGAGCUUUUGCCAUACCUGUACUACUACUAUUAUUACUAUCCUCAUAUUGCAAGAGGUGAAGCUAAGAGACUGGGACUUCUACACGCCGGCUUGACUGAAAAAGCUAAUUUGACCCAGGUUCACGCGCCUCCUCCGUCAUCCCACAAACACGGUGUGAAUCUCCAUAUAAAUGAACCCAAACCUGUCAUUUUGUCAAAGCUGGAUGAGAUUAAGAGACGUUCUUCAUCUGUGACGCCUGCAGGAGCGCCGCCCGUCUUCCAGGUUUACCCUCGGAGGCCAAACCCUGCAGCGCUUCCCCCUCCCACACCCUCUCUCUUCUCUCCAGGAGCCAUUUAUGACGGGAACCCUUACCAGUACUACUACCACCCUUAUUACGGCUACUAUAUGAUGUAUUACAAACCUGAACGCGUGCUAGGCACAGACGGCCGUCUGUUACCGACCUCAUCAGAAACGCAGAGCCCCGUGCGUCAGGCACCUGCACAUGACAAACAUCAGUCCACUACUCCGUCCUCAGACUCCAUGUCUCUGAAGAGCAGACUGCUGCAUCCGUACUACUACCACCACCAGUCUAAAGUGGUCAAAGACGGUCAGCAGCAGCAGCGUCCUCCACCUGGUAAAGGAUUUGAUAAAACGCCGACCAAAUCUGAAUCUCAGUCUCCUUCCAACUGGAACUCUGGUGGGAUGCAGUGGUUUGGUCGGGUCUCGGGGGCGGGAUACCCCAGCGCCCCGCUGGCUCCUCACAGCCCGCUCUCUGGUUUGUACUCCUACUACGCUCCGCAGACACAUCUUCACGGGCCGUCCAGCCUACACGCUGGAUAUGAUGCCAAAGAGAAGAGGCAUAAUGAAAUGAGAGAUGAGGUCAAGGCGAAUCCACCCACUCCUGGUGCUCUGCCCAGCGGCUUUGGACCCGUGUCAGACGUAGACUGCACUAACCACUUGGGCUGCUGCUCACAUGCGGUUCGGGACGGCACCGCGGGACAGUAUUUGGUCUUUGGGCUGCCCGACUCCGUGGUAGAGCCCAAACUGGUCAGUCCGGUUCCUUCAUCUGAGAGCAGUAACGUGUCCUGCACGCUGCAGAAGCUGUCCUCGGGUCCUGACGUCUACAUCGUGCCCCUGGACGGCUGUGGAGUGAGCAAACGCGUGUUUGGUCAGACGGUGGUUCAUCUCCUGGAGGUUGACGGUCUGCAGUCAGACACACGCCGCGGUUCUGCACAUAACAACUCUCCUGUCAGGUUGCUGGUGGGAUGUAUUUCCUAUCCAGACCCUCCAGGUGAAGUGAUGUUCCACCUGAUGGAUCAGCCUCACCUGAUUCCCGCUCAGCCGACUCCAGCUCCGGUCACGGUGCUGAGACUUUCAACAGAUGAGUCGUUCUCCAGCUUCCACCCUGAAGCUCACCUGCCUCUCAGUCACGUGCAGGAGAGGCCCGUCUACGCCGAGCUGAGCCUGCUCAACCCGUCUGAGCCCGACUCCGUGCUGCUGGUCCACUCCUGCCUGGCUUACACGCUCACCCCGUAUCUCAGCUGGAUUCUCUUCUACGAUGGGUGUCCUAAACAGGGCAUCUCGGAGCUGCUUCCGUCCCCAGACUCUCCCCACACCCAGAGGAUUAAAAUCAUCAACUUUCCAUCUCUUCCCUUGCAAAGUUCAGCCUAUCUGUCUAAAGGAGGAUCCUCCUUGCUGGAAGACCCAAAGGUUUACUUUUUAUGCCUGACAGAAAUGUGCUCGUCUGCUACAGGCGACUGCAGCAUCAGCUGCACCGACGGGAAGCUCUAAAGACUCCUUCCCACCCC